AUGUUAAAGAUGAUCAUUGCUUGGCUGCUUCUAGCCUUUCUCAACGAUCAAGUGAUGGGAUCAAAUACUCUGAACUCAAGUUUGGACUUCGGAGUCCUAAAUGCUAACAAUACAUCAUCACCCAAAAGUAUUCCAGCUACUCAAAAACUGCCUAAAGAAGAAAAUAAUUGAUCAGGCAAGAAAAGAAUCUUGAGUGUGUGUACAGAUAUAAAUUGCAUUAGUUGCCCUUCGGAUCCAACAUGCUCUACUUGCGCUGACUAUUAUGGGGUAAAUUCAAAUGGAGUAUGCAAAGCAUGUACAGACUCAACAUAUUGCAAAACCUGUGAUGGAUCAAGCCAAAGCACAUGCACUGCUUGUGUUGAUCAUUAUGGUGUUGAUUCGGGUGGAGUAUGUCAGGUAUGCACAGACUCAACAUAUUGUAAAAUCUGUGAUGGAUCAAACCCUGGCACUUGCACUACUUGUGUUGAUCAUUAUGGUGUUGAUUCGGGUGGAGCAUGCCAUGCAUGCACAGACUCAACAUAUUGUAAAACUUGUGAUGGAUCAAACCCCGGCACUUGCACUACUUGUGUUGAUCAUUAUGGUGUUGAUUCGGGUGGAGUAUGUCAGGCAUGCACAGACUCAACAUAUUGCAAAACCUGCGAUGGAUCAAACCCUGGAACUUGCACUACUUGUGCCGAUUAUUAUGGUGCUGAUUCGGGUGGAGUAUGCCAGGCAUGCACAGACCCAACACAUUGCAAAAAGUGUGAUGGAUCAGACCAAAGCAUUUGCACUGCUUGUGUUUCAGGGUAUUACGUCGAUUCAUCCAAUGCAUGCAUUCAAUGCCAUAUCAGUGGCUGCAGAAAUUAUUUAAAAAUCACUUCCGGAUCAGGCACCUAUGCAGCUGGCGCCACUAUAUCGGUAACAGUCGAAAAAUACACUUAUACAGAUACUCUCACAACUUCAGAUAGCAGCAAUGUCUACCUCUUUUCAACUGACUCAACAGCAAAUCUAUUCGGAACCUUAUCAAUCUCUUAUUCUUCUUCUUCCAGUGGCUCUACUUCUGUAUCCAUAACUAACUCCCCCCCCCCCUCCGUGAGCGAACAAAACCAUUAGAAAAAUCACCAUUUUUUGACCAAAAACCCACCCUCCGUGAGCGAACAAAAAUUUUUUUAAUAGAAAAAAUUUUAAUGGAAAAAAAUUUUGAUAUAUAAGUGAUAAUUAGUAUAAUGAAAUCUAGAGCUAAUUCUGUUUAAAUUUUAACAAAUUGCGUUUUAAAACAUAAAUUUUGCAAAUUAAAUUAAUAUUUGCUUCCCAAUUUUUGCAAAUUAGGAUUUUUUUAAAUUUCGAAAAAAAUAUUUUUUAUAAAAUUUAUAUAUAAAUUUUUUUUAAAAAAAAAAAAUUAACCCCCCUCCGUGAGUGAACAAAAUUUUUUUGUUCGCUCACGGAGGGGGGGGGGGAGUAAGGUAAAAUUAAUAUAGGUCGGCACUUUUACUAUAGAAGCUCACUGUGUUGGUUUUACCAAAGAUUCAAUAAGCAUCACUAUCACUGAAGAUACCUUUUCUUAUAUUGCAUUUACAGGUCAGCCUUCAGGUAAUGCAUGUAGUGGUGCAGCAGUAACUGCAUACGAUCAAUAUGGAAAUAUCGCAACUUCAGCCUCUGGCACCAUCACCCUAAUUGCAUUUGCAACUACAUCAGGACAAGUCGGGAAAUUUAAGUCUACUACAGUAACUGGAUCUUUAUCAUCUGGUGUCGCUAGCUCUUGGAGUACCUGCAAAAUCCUUGGAACUGAUACAGCAUUUAAGCUAGAAGCUUCUGACUCAUCAGGCAAAAAUUGUCUCAGCAAUUCCUUUUCAGUGACUCAAACUAUAAGCACAGCUACUUUUACAACCACUUCACUAACAGCCUCUCCUGGAGCAACUUUUACUCUAUACGUAUCAGUAACAGAUACAGAUAGUGACGCCUAUUUGGGUCCAGUUGCAGGGCUUUCUUUAACUUAUCAUUCAGGGUCAGCAUUAUCUUCAGCUACUUAUACAAAUCAAGGAAGUGGCACUUGGGCAGUUUCAGCUAGCAUAUCAACCCAAGGAUCUUACUCUUUAGACAUCACUUGCACAGGCUGCACUGCCUCAUCUUCAGCGUCAGUGACAAUUUCUAACGUAAAUGCUAUACUAAUCAAUUUCCCAACUUAUAUCCAUGAAGGUGCUACAUCUCAGACUUAUCAAAUUAAAUUGAGUGGAACUGCUCCAACUUCUGAUGUAACAGUAACCAUUUCUACAACAACAUCAUCAAGCGAGCUUGUAGUGAACACUGCAAGCCUUACUUUUACGAAUGGAAAUUAUAACACUUAUCAAUCUGUUACAAUUGACCUUCCUUAUUAUUAUACGUCUUCAUUAGAUUACUCUAUAGUGCUCUCACACUCGCUAUCAAGCUCAGAUACCACAUGAAAUAGUGCAAAUGUUAUUUAUGAUUCCAGCUUUUACCCCUCUGGAUUAGCUACGCUGUAUAUAUAUGACCAAGACCCUGUAAUCACUGUUGAAGACUCCGUUGUGGUUUCCCAAGGAGGAACUGCUACUUAUCAGGUUUCUCUCAGCAUGCAGCCAAUAAAUAAUGUGGAAAUUGGUGUAUCUGCAUCGAGUUCUGAUAUCACUGUAUCUCCAGCCACAGUGACCUUUACAUCAAGCUCAUGGUCUUCAGAGACUUUUACUGUAAAAUCUGUAAGCUCCUCUACCAUUGUUGGUUCUACUUCUUAUACACUUACUUACUCCUUAAACGCUGACACAGCUUGGACUAAUGCAAUAAAAAUGCCAUCUACUUUUGAAACUAUUGUGACUGUAAUACAAAGCUCAUAUGGAUCCUUAAAACUCUCAAACAACUUCCUAGAUUUAUCAGAAUCACAGUCUGGGACAUAUACAGUUUGGCUAGGAAGCCAGCCCUCAGAUGAUGUAACUGUCUCGAUUUCAUCAGGAAAUAGCAAUGUUGGAGUCUCACCAACACCAUUGACGUUUACUAAUUCUAACUACGCGACUGCACAAACAGUGACAGUGACUGUAAAUAGCGUUCCUAGCUCUAUGACAAAUCUUUACUAUACAGUCUCAAUUUCUCACACAACAUCUUCUUAUGAUAACAAUUAUAACGGCUUAUCAGCUUCAACAACAGUUGACGUUGUAAACUUGUGUACACCAGCUGCUUAUGACUGGACAGCUACUACAACUUGUUCAGUCACUAUUACGAAUUUUGAUGUGUCGAGCGGAGUUCCAGUACCUUGUUCUCCAGGGACUUAUUAUAGCUCAGGCUCAUGCGUUACCUGCCCUAUUGGCUACUACUGUCCUGAUGGGGUUAAUGAAUAUUCUUGCCCAUCUGGGCAUUAUCAAACUGCUACAGGCAAGACCUCCUGCACUAAAGUCGCUGAAGGCUACGUUUUUGACUCUUCUUCUACAUCCCCUACAGCUGUAUCCUCAGGUUCCUAUUCUUUAUCAGGCAGCUCUUCCGCAACUUCUUGCAAAGCGGGCGACAUGUGUCCUCAAACAAACAUCCAAGAAGAGCUAAAAUGCCCAUUAGGCUCCUAUUCCUCCUCAACUUCCCAGACUUCUUGCACUACUUGUACAGCAGGAAAAUACUGCAAUUAUGAGUCCUCUCCUACCACAUGUUCAGGAACCUAUGACUAUUCGCCUUCAGGGUACAAUACUUGUGAAUCCUGCCCUUAUAGUGCAGCUUGUAGUACUUAUUCGGUCUCUUUAGCAGUAGAAGGGAAAUAUAUUUCUUCAAAUGCAGUCACUAAUUGUCCUUCUAGUCAAGUCUGCAGUGUAAGAUUCAAUUUCAACCCUUAUACUUGUCCUUCAGGGACUACUUAUAGCUCAAAUAGUUGUACAGAGUGUUCUACCACAACUGGGUGCUGGACAAGCGGGACAACUUCAUGUGCAAGCCCUUCGUAUCCAUGGGGUCCUGUGUGCUUAACUUGUAUGUUUCCAAUGUAUGCGAGUGGCACUUGUAGUUAUAUAGACUCUUCUUAUAAAUAUACAUCUACAACAAGCCAAACUGCCUGCUCACAAGGAACUUUUUCGCCUGGAAGGUUUGACCUUUGCUAUGGCUGCUCGCCUGGCUGUUUUUGUAACUCAGGGGCAUCAACUCCAUUAGCUGACAUGUCAUCUUCUUCACAAGUCCUAAAUCCUCUUACGACGACAGCUAUAUACUGUCUUGCAAGAACUUAUAAUGAGAAUUCAGGAAUUAUAGAUAUUUCUAUGUGCAAAUUAUGUCUGCCUGGAUUUGCCUGUCCAACUUAUACUGAUGCUAUACCAGCAAGUGGGAGCUGCUCUAAUGAUGGAGGGUCAGGGAGUCCUAAAUGUAUUACUUCUAAUAAAGGUCAGUUUGCAGCUAACGGAGCGAGUGACUCAGAAACUUUUAAUUGUCCAUUUGGGACUUAUUCGGAUGAUAUUAUUCCAAGAGCGACUGGAGCUGAUUGCACUGCUUGUACAGCAGGACAGCUCUGUCCUGAAGGAACAUCAGCAACCCCUUCUUCAACAUCCGCAGGCCGCUUUUCUCAGGACUUUAAAUCUGAAAUAUUAUGCCCUAUAGGCACUUAUAACAGCAAUACAGGUCAAACAAGCAUUUCUAGCUGCAGUACCUGCUCUACUUAUACAUUCUGCGGCAAUGGAUUCCCAUCACCAGCCUUAUGCUAUUUAGGAUUUACUGCCAAAACUACGUCGUCUUUAUGUGAAAUUUGUGGGAUUUCAAGCUCAGCUGCUGUUUGUCCUGCUUCUAGUUAUGAUCCAUCAAGCGCAAUUUCAUGCAGUGCAGGGUAUUUCUGUCCUUAUGGGUCAUAUACAAUUGACCAAUAUUCUUGCGAUGCUGGUUAUUAUAGUUUAUCUGCAACCUCUACAAGCUCUGCAAGUGUUGCAGAUUGCUUAGAAUGUACUGCAGGAACCUAUUGUGCAGCCAAAAGUACAAGCUCGACAGGGGCUUCAUGCUCUGCUGGAUUUUACUGUCUUAUUGGAACACCUAUGAGUAAUUAUUUCGCAUGCCCUCCAGGAUACUACUCAUCUUCUACUGCAAAUACUGAUAGCUCAGACUGUACUCAAUGCACUGCAGGAAAAGCUUGUAUGACAGGGACAUUUGACCUCUCCAAUAGUAAUGGUGACUGCGCAGCUGGGAGUUUUUGCCCUGAUGGCACAGAAAGGCCUGACCAAUUUGCAUGUCCAGCUGGGACCUAUUCUUCAAGCACUUCUUUAACGCAAGCAUCUGAUUGUUCUUCAACAUCGAUAUCAUACACUGGAGAAUGUGCAGCAGGGUAUUAUUGUCCAUCUGGGGCAACUAAACAAUAUAAGUGCCCUCCCGGGACUUUUAUGGCAUCUACUGGUGCAGGAAGUCUGGCAUCUUGCACCACUUGUACUGCAGGGUAUUAUUGUCCAGAUCCUUCAUCAACUGUAAAUACAGCAGCAACAGUUUGUGAUUUAGGCUAUUACUGCAAUGCAGGAGCAACAGCGCCUCUUCUAUGCCUUCCUGGUUACAUAUGCUCGAGUAUUACAACAACUGGCACAGCAAUGUAUGCAGCUCCUUGCACAGCAGGAUCCUUAUGCCCUUGGGGUUCUUCUUCAGACUCUACAAAAUGCAAAGAGGGCUUUUACUGCCCGUCUGGUACUUUGGUCGCUUAUCCAUGCCCACCAGGAACUUAUAGAAGCACUGUUGGCGCCACGGCACUUAGUGACUGCUCAACAUUAUCAACAUCAGGAAAGUACCUUGAUACUUUUGCAAAUACCGGAAGUGGGACUACGUGCCCAAAAGGCUACUAUUGCCCAACAGGUACUAGCGAUCCUAUCCCUUGCCCAGCGGGAACUUAUAACCCAUCAGAUGGUGCAUCAGCCUCAACUGAUUGCGUAGUAUGCCCUGAAGGAAAAUACUGUCCAUAUGAAGCCACCUGAUCUCCUAGCGACUGUCUUGCGGGAAAAUACUGUGUUAAAGGCACCAUCACCCCAGUUAAAUGCCCAGCAGGAACUUACCACGCCAACAGCGGAAGUACUUAUUUAACUAAACUUUCUGAUUGCACAAGCUGUGAUGCAGGAUGAUAUUGUGAUCAACCAGGCAGUACUGAAACUGCAGGAGAAUGCAAGGCUGGCUUUUAUUGCGCUGGAAAAUCAAUAACAGCUACUCCAGUUGGCCAAUCUUAUGGAUAUAUUUGUCCUGCUGGGUCAUAUUGCCCUACAGGAACUGCAACUCUUCAGCCAUGCCCUAGUGGAACUUUCAAUAACUACCAAGGUGCAACGUCCAGCAGUGACUGUAUUGACUGUCCUAAAGGCUUUUAUUGCUCCAGCACAACUUCUGCAGAACCUACUGGACAAUGCAGUGCUGGCUAUUUGUGUGGCACAAAAGAAACAUCAAGUACCCCAUCUGGAAAGGAAACACCUGCAGGAACUUAUGCACCUGCCGGGAGCUAUGCCUCUAUUAAUUGUCCAAGAGGGACUUAUAAUUCUGCUGCCGGGCAAGGAAGUUGUCAAACAUGUGAUGCAGGAGCUUAUUGCCAAACUACUGGGCUAACUUCCACAACUACUUGCACUACAGGCCAUUAUUGCCCGUCAGGAACUAUUGACCCAAUACCAUGCCCUCCUGGGACUUUCCGAGCCACAACUGGGGCUACUCAAUUAUCAGAGUGCACCCCAUGCACAGCUGGAUAUUAUUGUGCUGGCUAUGGCUUAUCAGCUGAAAGUGGCCAAUGCAGUGCAGGGUAUUUCUGCGAGCUUGCAUCACCAUUCCAGACACCUCCUUAUCUUGUUGAUACAACGACUGAUAAAUAUGGUCCAUGCAUUGCAGGUUAUUAUUGCCCAGCUGGAUCUACUUCUAGAAAUGCGAAUCCAUGUCCUGCAGGGACAUUCAACCCUUCUACAUUAGGAGCUUCAAGCAGUGACUGUAUCCCUUGUACGGCAGGGAGAGCAUGCAUUAACACUGCCAAUGUAAAUGACAACACAGUUUGUAAGGUUAAUUAUUACUGCCCACAAUCAAGCUCAAGUGAUCAAGCAACUCAUAAUUAGAUAUGACAUCUCAGCCCGGCGUAGUCUCCGGGCCAUGCAGUGGAGAGAGCUAUUUAAUUACAUCCAGGAAGAUUUUGCCGACCAAGAAAUGAAAAGCUUUUAUUGUUGCCACACUUCUUUGGGGUUUUUCUUGCUACUUAUUUUGCUCUUACAAAUAAGGAUUACUGAGAAAUGGACAGCUAGCUGGCAAUCCCAACAAAGCAUGGAGUCUAAUUAUAGCCCGCUUCAGGGCUGGAUAUACCUCAUGGGAAAGGGAGGCAUGGAGUUGGAAAGGAGAAACUCAGCAGUGCUUGCAGAAAGUACCUUGGCUACCCUCUAGAGUGAAAUUAGGAGUUAUGCUCUGGGCUUCAGGAUUUUCCUUUUACCAAGAGUUGAGCAGCUCAUUCGUAAGCUGUCUAAGUCUGUAACAUCAUCACCAAGGGUGCAGUUGUGAUCAAAAAAUAGGUUGAAUUGAACCUUUAUGUGCAAGAAAGGUUAAAUCCUGGAGGAAACGGUACCGUAGCGUGAGCAUUAAGUCAUUAUAAGUAAUUAACUAAUUGGCAAAGCAACUCAAUGCGAAGCUGGAUACAGAUGUCCAAGUGGCUCUGCAAACCAUAUAAAAUGUGAGCCUGGGACAUAUCAAAAUUCAGUUGGCCAAGGAUCUUGCAACGCCUGUACAGCUGGAUUGUAUUGUCCAAGAGGAACUUCUGACCCCACAUCCAAUACUUGCCCAGCAGGCCACUACUGCCCUUCAAGUACUCUUUAUGAUAAGCAAUACCCAUGCUCCCCAGGGACUUUUAGUACAGCAACGUCAGCUGCUGACAGCACCACCUGUAUAAGUUGCUCUGCUGGGAAAUAUUGUGACGUUUAUGGUGUAGGCGAUCUUACAUCAUUAAGCUGUGCUGGCGGGUUUUAUUGCUCUUCAGGCUCACUUUAUUCGCAACCAAUGACUGGCUCUGGAUAUGGAGGGAUUUGUACAAGAGGAUAUUACUGCCCUGCCGCAUCCUCAACGACUACUAAAUGUGAUCCAGGCUAUUACUGCUCUCAAGACCAAAUGUCUACAUCAGGUUCUCAAUGUUCAGCUGGCUACUACUGCACGAUUCAAUCUAUUGCUCCAAGCCCUAUCUCUUCGGUGAACUCAGCCUUUUCGGCAGGAGAUAUAUGUCCUAAAGGGUAUUAUUGUGAGGCAGGAUCAAGCACCUAUGCAGCUUGUCCAGCUGGGAAAUAUAUGCCUUAUAAAGGAGCUGAAGAUUCAACUGAAUGUAUUAGUUGCCCUCCAGGAUUCUAUUGCGACCAAACAGGAACUUCAUAUCCUGCUACAUCUUCCCCAGCAAAUGCCCCAACUGCGUGUCCAGCCGGGUACUAUUGUGCAGGUGGUGAUUCUUCAGCCACUCCAAGCACAUUCUGCAGUGCUGGAUAUUAUUGUCCGACAGGAAGUUGGGAACCAAUUAAAUGUCCUGAUGGACAAUAUCAAGAUCAGACAAUGCAAAGCACAUGCAAAACUUGCUCAGAAGGAAAAUACUGUGAAUCUCCAGCCACUGCAGAAACUGACUGUCCAGCUGGGCAUUAUUGUCCUAGUGGUACUGGCUAUCAAUAUACAUAUCCAUGCCCAGUCGGAACUUAUAAUCCAGAUCCAGGUCAACCAACGUCAGAUGCCUGCGUACUAUGUGAUGCUGGUAAAUAUUGUGAGACAGCAGGGCUUUCAGCACCAACAGGCGAUUGUGCUGCAGGAUGGUACUGCAUAACUGGAGCUGUUAUAGACCGGCCAGUUACUUCAAGCCAAGGCGGUAUCUGCCCUAGAGGAUCUUAUUGUGCCGCUGGAUCAGGGACCUACACUGCUUGUACAGCUGGGUCCUAUUGCAAUCAGCAAGGCCUUUCAGCUCCUGUUAGUACCUGCAAUGAAGGUUAUUGGUGCGGUUCAAGUUCAACAACAGCGGUGCCUUUAGAUGGCACUCAAGGAAAUAUAUGUAGCGCUGGGACUUACUGUGCAGCCGGAGCUUCAAGUCAGACUAAUUGUCCGGCAGGGACUAUGAGUGUAAGUAAAGGUCUUAAACAAUCAAGCGACUGCCCAAGCUGUCCAUACGGAAAAUAUUGUGCAACAGAUGGUCUUACAGCAGUCACUGGAGAUUGCAGUGCUGGGUAUUAUUGUAGUGGAGGUUCAAGCAUAGCUACUCAAAAUGGCUGCACUGCUGGACAUUAUUGCGAAGAAGGAAGUUUUGAAGAAGUUUUGUGUGAUAUGGGGUAUUAUCAACUUGAUACUCUUAAGAGUUCUUGCGAUCAGUGCACUUUAACUAAUUACUGCUCUGGUGGUACAAAUGUCCCAACUGCUUGCCCUAUAGGCUAUUAUUGUCCAUCUGGAACCAGAUUUGAUAUUGAAUUUCCUUGCCCUGCUGGAUAUUAUGCAUCAACACUUGGCCAUUCUACUUGUGAUGAUUGCCCUGCAGGCUCUGUCUGUGACUAUGGCUCUAGUUCUACAAGCACCACUUGUCCAAUCUAUUCUUAUUGUCCUAAAAAUACAGGUGUUGCUCCUCUAUGUCUAGCAGGUACUUAUAACUCUGCGACUACUGGCUUAACCAAAUCAUCUGACUGUACUUCUUGUCCAGCCGGUAGCUACUGUGUUGAUGGUCGAAUUUCUGACGAAUGUGAGGCUGGCUACUUAUGCGUUUUAGCGUCUCCAACACCUACGCCAACUGGCAGCAAUGCAUAUGGCUAUCAAUGUCCAUCAGGAAAUUACUGUACCAAAGGGGCACUAAUCUCUACUGCUUGUCCAUCAGGGCUAUUUAGAACACUUGUAGGAGGCGCACAGUCGAGUGAUUGCACACAGUGUCCUCCUGGGUCUUAUUGUGUCAAUGGGAACCCUAACCCAAUUUCUUGUCCUAUGGGAUACUACUGCCCUCAAGGAGUCAAUAAGCCAAAACCAUGCCCUACAAGAACUUAUGGAAGCAAGGCUGGGGCUACUGAUUUAUCUGCUUGUUUAGCAUGCCCUGGCGGAUACUUGUGCACGAGGACUGGAACUGGAGAUUAUACUCAGUACCCAUGUGGAAAAGUCGGCUAUUACUGUGUAGUCGGUGCCACUGAGCCUACUCCUUGCCCUCCUGGGACUUAUUCGUCGUCAACUACUGCUGCUUCUAUAGAUGACUGUAUUGCAUGUCCUGGAGGAUAUUAUUGCCCAGGAGCUUCCUCUUCAGCUAUUUCAUGCGAAGCUGGUACUUAUUGUCCUAAAGGCUCUCCUAUCUCUAAAGCGUGUCCUAUCGGCUAUUACUGCAAAGUAAAUACUGCCACGCCUACUCUUUGUCCAUCAGGCUACUAUUGUCCUAAGUACGACCAAAGCAAUCUUGACCAAUACCAAGACUCAGACGAACCUCCUGUGUCUUGCCCUGACACCUAUGUAUGUCCAUCAGGCUCUUUUGAACCUUUGCAAUGCACUCAAGGAUACUAUGUUUCUAGCAAUAAAUGUGUGCUUUGUCCUGCAGGGACUUAUUCAGAUGGGACAUUUUCUAAAUGCAAGAGCUGCUUUGGUGGCUAUGUCUGUGUGUCUGGAGCUUCAAGACCUAAUCCUAUUUCUUUAGAAUAUCAUGGAGGCUAUGAAUGUCCUGAAGGCUACUACUGCCCAGUUGGCUCUAAAACUCCUACAGCAUGUCCAGCCGCUACUUAUAACCCUACAACAGCUCAAACGAGCUACGAUGCCUGCAUUGACUGUCCUAAAAACACCUAUGCAGAUACUACUGGCUCAGCUAAAUGCAUGCCAUGUGGCUCUAAUGCCUACGCUGAUGUAAAAAGCACUACAUGUUUAUGUUAUGGUAAAAACCGCUCAUACCGUAAAACUGAUGGCAGCUGUGUCUGUAACCCUAAUUACCAUUACAUACAGGAUGGAAUUACAUCAAGUCAAGGCGAUUCUGAUAUUGACUGCUUUAAUAUUGUAUAUGACUACUGUGGAGAAAGCGGUAUAAGAGACUCAUACGGAAACUGUGUGUCUACCUCAAGCUGUUCUUCUGAAUGUAACGGUGGAUCUGGAAAAAGAAUGAGUGGGGUUGGACUCUGUGAAUGUGACGGAACUACUACAAUUGAUGACAUUUGCAAUAAGAACUGCAGAGAAAACUCACUGAAAACGACUUAUUCGAAUGGAGCUUAUACAGUAACUGACCCAAGCACUGGUGAAACCACAACUGUUGAUUUGGUGAACAGCAGCGGAUACUAUGGAAAAACAAGCUGCUCGUCAAGCUCUUGCAAUGUGUAUAGCAUUGAUAUGACAACAACUGGCCCAUUAGGAGUAUAUGGAUUAGGAAACAAGCUCGGCUCACUUUAUAGCAAUUCUACCUCCAGAAGAUAUCUGGCUGAAUCCUCAACUACAGUCUCAAAUCCUACCAUUUGUAUACAAAUAGAAGAAACCUUUGUAUUUUCCAUUCCAAAUGCUCAAAACUACCCUAUUUAUGUCAAAGAUUCUUUAUUGAAUACAAAUGAUGGGUUUGAUUAUGGAGCAUUCCAAGAACUAAAACGUAUGAUUGAAAAUCCGCUGAACAAUAUCACGUCUUUUGCCUUCACUUUUACAGAGCAAGGAGUAUACGAUUUCAAAGACGCAGCUGACGAUUCUAAGCAUAUCAUUAUUUCAGUUAUGGGGCAAGGCCAGCAAUGUUUAGACCCAGAUAUCCCAAUCCGCCCACGUUUUAAGAGCUCUAUGCUGACUAUGGGGACACAAACCAAAACUAACAUUAUUCAAGACCCUAACUGGCCAUUCAUCAUUGGCACUGCAUGCUGGCUGGUUGGUCUUGUAGUUUUGUUGAUAUUAGGUAUUUACUUCUUCCACAAUAAAGCAUGGAAAUAUGUCACGAAAGAAAGAAAAAGAGCUUAUAGAGAUAAACAAAAUGAAUUAGAUAUUGCAAUUUUGACAGAAAAACCAAAACAAGAUUCAAGUGAUGAAGAAAGCAUGAAAGAAGUAAGAAGUGACGUCAGACUUGAGAAGAAAACAGUUAUUAAGGAAGAGGAAAACAAUGAGCCAAUGAUAAAUGAUGAUAUUGAUCCUUCUAUUUUCCAGGCAAUGUAUGAUAGACUGGUUGAACAGGAUAGCCAAGCCAAAGCUGCAUUUAUGCAAAAGACUGAAGCUGAGCAGGAAGCGAUGAGACAUUUAUUGAAUAAUCUUGCUAAAUCCUUGAAAAUUGUUCAUUAGCAAAAUAUAAAUUCUUAAAAAUAAUAUAAAAUAUAAUUUUUAAAAUAAAUAAAGAAGUAAGCUAAAGAAAUACCUUGAAGAGACUCUUGGAGGUCUGGAUGAUAUAAGUGACAACGAGGAAGAAGAAGAAGCUGCACAGCUCCAACUUAGCCCUGAAGAAGAAAUGCAAAAAGUUAUGAAUGGCUUAUUAAGUAAAUACAUCAAAGAAGCAGACUACAAGACAGAGGCUGGGAAAAACCUUCUUUAUGAUAGCAUUAUAAAUAAUCCUGAACUCAGUGAAAAAGACAAGCAAGACUUAAUCGCUGACUUCAAUGCAAAUAUCCAGAGAAUUGAGCUUGCCCUUGACAAUGAAAAAUCAAAGUCUCAGGAAUCCUUAAAUAAAAGGCUUAUGGAAAGAGCUGCUAAACGAAGACAGAAAAACGCCGGAAGCCAAAUAGAAUCUCCGUCAGAAAUUGCUGAAACCUUAGAUUUCAUUAAAAAAGACCCUGAAUUAGCUAAAGAAUUCUUCGAAAAGAAAAAGGAGAUUGACGUCAAAACAAGUAAACAAAUAAAUUCAGAAGCUGGAAAACUCAAAGAAGAUUUAGAUGCAAAACUUAAAACUGCCAAAAAUAAAAAAGAAGCUGAUGCCUUUGUAAAAGAAUAUGAUGAAAAUGUGCAAGAGCUUGAAAACAGACUGAAUGGAGACAAAAAGAGACAAGAAGCAGAGCUAGCAGUUAGACUAAGGGCAAGAAAAGAUAAAAAGUUUAAAGAAGAAGUUGUAGCACCAAGACUUGAAAGGAGAAUGACCACCAUAAAGCAGCCAGAAACUUCUCUAGUGCCUACAUUUUUCAAAGAAGAAGACCAAGUCCAUGUGGAGCAGCUCGAAAAGCGCCAAGAAGAAGAAAUGCAAAUACUGUAUGAAAAGCAAGCUGAAGAAUUCCAAGCUAUUGCAGAAAGUAAAAUUUUUUAUUUUUUAAAAAUAAUAUAGAAAAUAUUUUUAUAAAAAAACACAACCAUUGCAGAUGAAGUCGAACAAGAACUUCCAAUAAGCCGUGAAGACGAAAAAUCUCGCUUAGAAACCGCUUUGAGAUCGUCCACAAACGAAAAUGAAAGAAAGCAGCUCCUCAAAGAGCUUGAACAAUUCCAGCACCUUUCAGUAGUAGAUAACAGCAACCAGCACUCUCAGUUAGAUUCAAGGCUCCAAGAACGAAAGCGACUUCGUGCCUUAAAAGAAGCUGAACUAAAGAGAAAGCACGAAGAAGAGCGCAAAGUAGUUGAAGACAAACAAGAAAAAGAAGCUGAGAACUUAAAAGACGACCUCACAAGAAACAGGCUUGACGAGCUCAUGAGAAGCAAUGCAAGCCCAGAAGAAAUCGCCAGAAAAAUCAAAGACAUGAUGGACGACAAGCAUGAAACUGAGCUCGCCGCAAUUUCAGCCAAAAAGCAAGCCAAACUCACAGAAAAACAAACAGAGAUCCUUCAGCUUGCCCUUUCUCAAAAAGCUGACGAAAUUGCUGACAUCCGAAAUAAAUUCAACAGAAAACGCUCAGAAAUAGAAAAAUCAAGCCUUCCUAUGAACAAUAAAGUCUCAGAACUCGCCAAACUCGAGAAAAAAGAAGCUGACGCCAUGACUAUUGCUGACUAUAAUUUCAUUAAUAAUUUGAAUAAAGAACAAGAUAAAGCUUGGAGAGAAGUCGAAAGCGAAUUCCGUCAGAAACUUCUAGACCUCGCUGAUAAGCAUUUGCAAGACACUUAUAAUAUCCUCCAAAGCAUGAGGUCAGCAAACCCUGCAUUAUUAGACCAACACCUCAGACAAGCCCAAAGUGAAGCUGAUAAACUGAGAAACCAAGCUGAAAAUGAGUAUGAAAAUAAACUGAGGGAGCUAGAUAGCCGCCAAGCUCAGCUAAAUCAAAUGCAAGGUGAAAGAGAAAACGAAAUUUCUGCACUGCAAAAAGAGCUUGAUGACGCUGACGCCAAAAAACGAGAACUCGCUGAAAUGGACAGAAGACGGCAAGAAAUGGCAGACCGUCAAAAACAAAUGAUUGAAGAAAUGAAAAGAAGAGGAAUCUCGCCUGAACAAAUGGAAGAAAUGAUCAAGAAACAUCAACAAGAAACCAGCGAAUGGGAAGCUGCAAUGGAAAGAGAAAGGCAGAGACAGCGAGAAAGAAUGCAGGAGAAACUUAACAUGAAAUCAGCCAAGCAUCAACAAAUGAUAGAAGCACAAAUCGCCAAGUAUAAAGAAGACAACAUGAAAAUGAUGCAAAAUAAAGAAGACGAAAAAUUGAGCAUUAAAUACCCAAUUGAUAAACCAUUGAAAUUGUAUGAACCAAUGUGGGACAUUCAGACGAAACUGAGAAUUAGUCCUUUACCUGUUUAUAAGAGAAACCCUGUUAAAGCUUAUGCGGACUCUUCUGCGACUUUGCAGUCAUUGCUAGCAAGAGUUAAAAGGGUGGAAAAAAUUGUGGAAAACGUUGAUGCAAAUCAGUUUGAAAACAUGAUGAAAGCAAUGGAGCAUGUUUCAGGAAUGAUUGAAAAGCUUAACUAA